CCUCUUCAAGACCAGUAUAGAUGCUGGUUCCCUUGUUAAGGGUAAAAGCGUUAGAAUACUUGAGCAACCCAUAUCUAAAAAAGGUUUAAAAAUAAAACUAUAUAUCCUCGAAUAGAGCAUACACCCUGGAACUAGCUUUAGCACGCAACUGACAUCAAGUUACAGUAUUACAAUUAAAUAUUAAUCGAUGGAAAGAAUACCUUACAGCGUGACUGUUAAUCUGCGAGACUGGUCUGUAAAGCGAUUGACAAUACAUCUGAGAAUGAUACAAAAGAAAUCGCAAGCAAGGUCGCCACUUAAUUUGCACAGGUUGUACCUUACUCGUCUAACUGACGGUUUCUGAUUACUGGUACUCAAUUGUUACAAUCACCAAGGCUUUACGGACAAUGAGCACACCCACGGCCUCUUCACAACCAGGAGGGGCGGGUAAAAGUGGCGCAGACGACCAAGGGAAAUUGCCGGAAGAAGAGGAAGAAUCCCGGGUUCUUUAUGGAGCGGGCUAUUGUAAAUGGUUUAAUGUGCGGAUGGGUUUCGGAUUUAUUUCAAUGACCAGUUGGGAGGGAAGCGUCCUCGAGAACCCAGUAGACGUCUUCGUACACCAAAGCAAGCUUUUCAUGGAGGGAUUCCGAAGCCUCGUAGAAGGAGAGCCAGUAGAGUUCACGUUUAAACAAUCUUCCAAAGGCUUAGAAUCGUUAUGGGUUACGGGUCCAGGAGGCAGCCCCUGUCUCGGCAGUGAGAGGCGACUCAAAGGGAAGACUGUGCAAAAAAGAAAAACAAAGGGAGAUCGAUGCUACAACUGUGGUGGCCUGGAUCACCAUGCUAAGGAAUGUAACCUACCACCUCAGCCAAAGAAGUGCCAUUACUGUCAAAGCAUCAUGCACAUGGUGGCAAACUGUCCUCACAGAACACCACAGCUGGCCACUGGUUCUCGGGAAACACUGGAAGCAGAACUGCAACCUUCUACCUCUUCCUCCCUGAGAGAAGGGACCUUCUCGGUCCCACAGCAAGCUCCGGAGGGCAGGCCUGAGACGGUGGAGCAGUCAGGCCGUUCUCCCCAAGAAGUUUCCUCAAGCAAGUCUUCUGCAUCCCCGGAAGACCCCAGCAAGAAAGGGCCUUCUGUCCAGAAAAGGAAAAAGACUUGAAUGAAGCUUUAUUAAAGUUUAUCAAGCUUUAUCCAUCUUUUGGAUACAGCAUCUACCUCAUACUUGUAAAAGGACGGGAAGUGAUUUCACUCAAAGCAGCUCUACUUUUUAAACUACUGGCUUAAAAACUGUGAAUAUUAUUAUUAUUAUUAUUAUUAUUAUUAUUAUUAUUAUUAUUAUUAUUUAACCUUAACCAAUCCUACUCAGAUUGUGGUCCAAAGUGCACAUUUCAUGGGUGGCUUUAAACUGUACCGGCAUUAAAAAAAACAAAAAAAAUAACAUUUUAAUUGCAAUGUAACACGCCAUCUUUAUGCGCUUUCCAUUCCAAACAUGUUCAGACUUGUUCAAUCAUUUGCCUUAUGGAUAAGGAAAUCAACUUUUGUUGGAAGAGCAACUUCAAAACUAAAAAAAAAAAAACUGUUACUAGCCAGAAACCAAAGGAUAGUCGAUACCCCAGGAAACAAGAUACCAAGGAAAACCUUAAGAACACACCUGCUGGGGGGAAACAUUCUUCUGAUGCAAAUACUAUGGCAGUGUUUGACCCAAUCUAGGUAAUAUAUUGUAUUUAAAGUGCUGACACUGCCUUCAGCAUUUCUUUCUUGUCCUUUUCUAAAUUAAUUUUAUUUUGUGUGCCUGUUUUACUGGCUAUUUUAGAACAAACUGAUAUCUGUGAAAACGUAGUAUACGUGUUGCUUCAAUGUGUUGUUCCUACUGCCAUCCAGAACCUGUUACUGUUGUAAAUGCAAAGGCAGCAGUAAAGGAGGGCUACCCCCCAGCGGAGGCUUCAAAUGGCCCGCGUUUGUGCUUUUGAUUAGAGUGCCUAAUUGAAUUAGGUGCAUGUUAAUCUAUUACACAGUCUCCUGUUUCUUUAAUCCAAAGAGGAACUUUACCAAAAGUGAUAAUCAUAAAAGAUGAGACUGGUUAUAAAAAGAACCCCCCUUUUUUAUUGCAUGGAUAACAGCAAAGGGUUAUGUUUUGCUAUAGAUCAGUUGGCUACAUUUGUAUAAAAGUUAGUAACCCAAUAUAAUUUAAUGCUUGCAAAAAUAUAUAUAUUAUAUAUAGUUUGAGGCAAUGUACUAAUGCUGAACCUAUCAAACAAACUGGUACUUGUUUUUAAAGUAUAUUUUCAUAGUUUCCUUUUAAUGGACCUUUUAUGAAAAAUUGUGUUACUGUUUUGUGUAAAUGCACUCGAAAUGAAUUAGGUGCGGCCAAAUAGUCUUUCGUGUGUUCAUAUUUACUGCUGCUUCUGUUGACAACAGAUCAAGAGGUGUUGCCUAAGUAAAUAUGGCACAAGUCACGUAUGACUACACUUGAAUUCUUCAAAAGCAUUCACUAAAGAAGCUGAGCCGUGUGUACAGAUGAUAUCAAUAUGCUGUACAAAAUGAACUUUCCUCUGCUUUGACGAUAUUGAAUGUGAAAUUGUACCUAUAGAAGUGACACUGUAUGAGGAUUGUUGCUUUAUUUAAUGUGUCUUGACAUCAAAGUGACAAUGAUUUUUAUAUCUAUCUAUCUAUCUCUAUCUAUCUAUCUAUCUAUCUAUCUAUCUAUCUAUCUAUCUAUCUAUCUAUCUAUCUCAAACAAUAAAUCAAUGUAGGUGCAAGUCGUUUUGAAAUUCUAAACCAAAGUUUCUUGGCUUUAUUGAAUAAAGUCUGAACAAAUUGAAUUGGAAUUCCCUGGUUAGCCAAGACAAACUAACAGAGACAAGCAAACAAUUGAAGUUCUGCACUGAGAUAUUUACAGAACAUAUUUUAAAAUGUGGAUCUUAUGGUGCACUAUGCUCAAUCUACAAAUGCACUGUAAAAGUUACUAACAGCACAUACCAAAAUGAAUCGCUAUGUGAAUAUUGCUUUUACAUUUUUGUAUGAUAUUUACAUUUUCAAGUAACAUCUUAGGAGAAAGAACUUUGCUCAGGGAAUAUACCAAGAAAGUUUAUUUCUUUACAGAAUAGCCCGCAGACCUGUUUUUGGUGUACUCUGAACAAACACAAUUUUAUUAUCUAAGUUAUGUACUGAUUAGUAACUACCUCUGAGUUAUACAUAGUCCUACAUUUAUGAUAAUCAGAUGACUUUUUUGUAUUGUAUUACAUAUUUAACAAAAAAAAAAAAAAAAAAACUAGUUAUAUUGUACUGAAUGCUUUGUGAACAUCAGGGUUCUAUUUUACAUGACGUUUGCAUCAGCAAGGAUUUUAUGCGUUUAUUUUUUUAAAUGACAGUUUUCUGUUUUGAUAGCAAAGCCUACCUCAUCCUUUCUGUACUGUACCGCCAUGCUGCUCCAGUCCAACAGGUGGCUCUCUCAUCUAGUACAUCCUCUCCUGUGUUUAAGAUUCAGUGUUUCAAAAUAAGCAGUCUAUCUGUCCAAAUGUUUUAAAUCAUGAAUCCAUGUGACAGAUUGCAAGGUAUUCACCAAGUUCUACUUAGAGAUCAAUCUUGUGCUUUUUAACUGGGCUACAGAUUGCGUGUCAACCUUUUACCCUUCAUAUUUUCAAAAUGCUCUCAAUGUGAAUUAUCAAGUAGAAAAAGGCUUUGCACUGAAGUAGGCACUAGUCAAAAUGUUUGUAUACUUUUUUUUUUAUAUAGUUUUAACUAUUAAUUGUUGAGUGCUAUAUAAAUUAAGAACGCAGUGACUAAACUAGUAAAACCUGGACUGACUCGAAUUCCUUUAGAAUUGGGAUGGUUUAUUUCUAUCCCUGCUGUUGGGUCACAUUAGAUGUGGCGUUGCAUUAUUUGUGUUUCAUUAUCAGUUACGACAGGGUUGAAGUAUGGUACGCCUCCACAAUUAAAAAAACAAAAAAAAAAACACUCUGAACACCAGACAGUUGGAUUGAUAUGAUCCAGGGCUGGGUGAAUCUAAUCAAAAGAACAGUGGCUGUAUUUUUCCCUGUCGAAUGGUGACAUGUAAUUACAUUUUGGCCUGGUAUUUUAUUCUUCUUAUUUGUUUAUUUAGCAGACGCCUUUAUCCAAGGCGACUUACAGAGACUAGGGUGUGUGAACUAUGCAUCAGCUGCAGAGUCACUUACAAUUACGUCUCACCCGAAAGACGGAGCACAAGGAGGUUAAGUGACUUGCUCAGGGUCACACAAUGAGUCAGUCGCUGAGGUGCGAUUUGAACCGGGGACCUCCUGGUUACAAGCCCUUUUCUUUAACCACUGGACCACAUAGCCUGUAAAAUAAUUUCUUGAAUGUUUAAUUUUUUUUUUUCAAU